AUGGAUGCCAUCACGGACCUUUUUGGGUUCGACAACCAAGACACGCAGCCCGUUGUCUCUAUAUCAGCCUCGCAGUCAUUAAACGAGUCUGAGUUUUCUAGAGAGCCCAUAACAACUGGACUACCGCGUUUCGAUCAGGCGUUGAAUACCGCGUCUUUCGACCCGCAACGAGCUGGCGGAAUCUUGCGUGGACAAAUUACAGAGGUUUUUGGGCCACCAGGAGUGGGAAAGACUGCAUUGGCACUAAAUAUUGCCUCCCAUGCACUCCGCGACGGUGACAAAGUCAUCUGGAUCGACACAAGCUCACCACUCCCCAAACCACGACUUGAAGAACUAAACCCAUCCACAAACACAAACUGGGAAAAUCUUAUCUACUUCCGCACCCCAACACUCCCCCACCUCCUCGCCUUACUAUGCAACCCACCCAAAGAAUUCCCACCCCCAGAAACAACCCUACUAAUAAUCGACUCCGUUUCUUCAUUAUUUCCCUCCUAUUUCCCCAACGCAGCCGAACUAAAAGAUCGCCAAACACAAGGCAAAAUAACGGACAAAGCCCAGCUUCAAUGGCUACUUAAUCGCAAAUGGAACGUCUCAUCCGAUUUAGCAACUCACCUUGCACGGCUCGCGAGUCGAGGAAUCGCCGUGUUGGCUAUUAAUCAGGCACAUACGAAGAUUAAGGGACAGCCGAGGGCGACGCUGCAACCUGUUUUAGCGGGUGGGGGGUGGGAUAGUAGUGUGCAGACGCGAGUUGCGAUGUAUCGGGAUCUUCCUGAUAAGCGAUAUAUGGAAAUUACAAAGAGAGCGGGGAAGACAUUUUCUGUUAGGAUGGCGGAUAUGAUUAUCGGGUUUCGAAUUGAUACGGAUGGUCUUCAUGAGAUUGUUGAAACGGAACAGAGAUCACCGGAGCUUUCUCGCAAGAAGACGGCGCAGCCGAUUGAAGAGACGCCGUGUCGUAAGCGCAAGGCAUCCGAUGAAAUUGCGGAUAGCCAAGAUGAAGAAUCCGAUGAAGAAUACGAUUAG